CGUGUUGUGAAGUCAGAACUUUAAAAACACAACUCGCGUUUAAGUGUUUAAACGUUGCAUUGGCGCUGGUUAAUGCUAUGACAGAUAGUACUUUACAACAACAAGUGGCUCCGCUGAAACUGACCGUCUCUUCAUUUUGGGAGCAUACUGUAUAAAACCGCGUAAAAUGAGUUCUGAAGUCUGUCCAUUCUGUGGAAAAACUUACAAAAGGUUGAAGAGUCACCUUCCACACUGCAAGGCAGCAGCGAGCUCUAAAGCACCUUUAGUCACACAGGAUGUUGCAGCCACUCAGAAACCUGCUUCCCAUCCGGCUGCAGUGGUUUUCGAAAAAACCUCAAAGGAAAAGAAGAGCAAGCAAAUGUCCUCCGUGGCAACGUAUCUAACGUCAGAGAGGAGCAAAAAAGGUUCAGCGGCAUCAUCAGAACCAAUGCACCCAGCAGCACCAGAUGGCUCAUCUUCACCAUCAAGUAUUGCAUCAAACUCAUCAACCUCGAAGAAGACGAAGAAAAAACAGUCCCUGGGUGAUGAACUCGUUACAACAGCCCCAUCCACCUCCUCACCUUCUCCACUGUCCUCUACUUUGUCCAAGCCAAAGAAGAGUCUCCGUGCUUUGAUAGAAGCAGCAAAAUCUGAACAUAUUGCAAAGGAAACUUUCAAGGGAACCACAUCAGCCUCAAAAGAUUUAAGUUUGAGUAGAACCAGCAACCAAACAAAGACCAAAGCAGUUCCAGACUCAUUUAAAGACACCAGUGUUGCUUCUGUGCUUGCAGAAACUAAAGUUAACAAAGAACCAAAAGUGAAGGAUGUUCUUUUGACAACCAAAUAUACCUCUGACUUCCUGGACUCUAAUGCGGAUAAAAAUAAUAUCAAGCACCCUGAUUGGGGGAUUGAGGGGUCUGUGGAGCCAGGAAGUGGUCACCAGAUGAGACGUACCCUGCAAGAUGUUAAAGCCACACUAGGCAGAGCCGCCAGCCACCCGCUGAGCAGCCGGCCGACCAUCCUGAGCCGCAUCGCAGCAGCUGACAGCCUGAACAGCGAAAUCAGGCUGGACACUGAUCUGGGUCUGAUCCCGCUCUCAGCGGCGAACCAAAAACACCCCGUAAACUAUUUGGCAACACCCACAACUCAGUCAGAUAAGCAGCUCUGCAAUAGAAAACAACCGAAAGAGCUACAACUGUUUCAGAAAAACUCUAAACCAACUCAACAGGAUACUGAUCAUCAGCUGGAGCCAGCAUGUGCAAAAGUACAACCUGGUACAAGUUCCUCCCUCAUCAAUGAGAGCCUGAAGGUGGAUCCUCACAGAGGACGACUCUCAGCAUUUGCAUCCCCCCACCUGCUCUGCAGCCACCAUCUCCAUCCUGCUGACACACAGAGUUUGCCUGGGAUGGCUGAAGAUUUCCAGCUCCUCACCAGGAAGAAAAUUGUUGCUAAAAAGCCAACUGAAGGAUUGCUGACACAGCGAAGUUUGGACCAGGUGAGACUGAGGGAGCUGCCUGCUUGGCUGGCCAGCAGAACACCCGGUCGGCCCAGAGAUGUUGUAGAAAUGGUGGAGAGAGGCUGGUUGUGGUAUUACAGACGGUACAUCGAUGUAAAGAAAGGCAGCAUCGGUGGACUGAGCAUGCUGCUGGCAGGAUACUGUGUGCUCAGCUACAUCUGGAGUUACCCCCAUAUCAAGUUAAGUCGUUGGAGGAAGUAUCAUUAACGCGAAAGGAAGGAUUUAAGACAAUCGUGACUGUAGGGAAAAAGCAGGGAGUAUACACUUGAGUCUCUCCAACUAUGAAUUUGACAGGAUUUAUAUUUAACUUGUGACUGACGUAGGAAGAUGUUAUUCAUUUCAACUACACAUGCGUUUGCUUUUAGUUGAACAGACUCCUAUUGAUCAGGCAACAUAAGGCAGCUGCGUGUGAAUGUAGCUUAAAUAAAGUGUGGAGUGCAAGGAAAUCCAAUAUGUUUGCCAUUUGUACUUUCUGACUGAAGGCAAUGAAGUUUGUUUUUGCAUUUUUUUUAAUAUAUGUUUUUAUUAAUAUUUUAUUUAACUGAGAAAGUUUGUUGAGAACAACUUUAAAACGAUGAGCUGGCGUGGCCUAGAGUCAACAGUGAAGGGAAUCUGUACAAAAACUCAUUAAACAGUCUUAGAAAACAAUCUUUUUCAAACAAUAUAUAUGUAAUAAAUCCAAGGAAAAUUUCUAACGCAAUUUUAAUUUAUAAAUAUAAUUUUCUUAGUCAUUUUGAUGUGAUUUCAGAAACAGCUCACUUUUUGAGAUAACAGGGUGAAUUAGCUCUUGUCAUAUUGAGUUUCAUCCAAUCAUUUUGAAGACAGAGAAGCGUUUGAAGCAAGUGUCGCAUUUGAAAGAAAUACAUUAAUAACUUAUCUAAAUUGUGCAAACUUUAUCAUGUGAAGUAAUUAUGUAAUUUUACCAUUAUGGAAAAACACAAGAAUGAUGUAUCAGGUUUUUUUUUAAAUGACUGUAAACCAAGAAAAUAAUUUUGAAAUCUUUCUUUCCAAAAUACUUCCUUGUGUUAAGAAAUCAAGUUUAAGAUCUUGUUAUCUUUAUACUAAAAUAAGAAAAAUAUAAGCAUAACGUGAAGGCUAUCAAAGCAACCUGUGUUUCCAUUACAUUUCAGCAAAAGGGAGAACAAAUCAAGGAGUAUGCAAACUUUCCAGGACUUCUGUACUUACAAAAUUAGCAUGUGACAAAACUAGCUACAGUUUUGCCACAGUUGAGUUCUUGAAAUUUUGUGGGACUUUUUAUGCUCACAAUCCACCAAUGUUAACUUCUCCACUAUGGUACUUGUAUAGAUAUGGCUUCAACAUCACAAGAUAUUUUAAAACUCUGAAAGUUUUAAGCAGUAAAUAUGUAGAAAAACUGAAAUAUGAAUUUCUUUUUUCUAUUUUUAUUUUUUUUUAAGUGUGACUGUUGUAAAUAUUAUCUGGCCACAUGUCGAUAAGAAAAGCGUAUUUAUAUUUAUAAGUAUUUAUUUUCGGCAAUUGUGCCUGCUCUCCACCAGAUGUCACUGUUGAGUUGUUACUAAAACCAAAAAGCGUAAGUGUCCUGAGGCAAGGUUUUCCCCUCACUCUUUUGUGCAAAUGCAUGAUCAGAUUAAAUGCAACUAACAGAUUUUGACUCAAUAAAGACUAACAUGUACCCUAAACAUCCUGACCUAGUAGUACAUGAACAGAUUCUACUUAAAUCUCAAAUACGUUUUCUUGCUCGUAACGCUUCCCUUGCCACAUGGCGUGAUUAUGCAUGCUCAGUCCAUCAGUACCAGCCUGCAAACUCUCACAGAAUAGCAAUGGCGGGGGGGAAACAGAAGAGGCUU